UAUGACUCCGGCCGGGACGGUUUCAUCGACCUGAUGGAGCUGAAGCUGAUGAUGGAGAAGCUGGGGGCCCCCCAGACCCACCUGGGCCUGAAGAGCAUGAUCAAGGAGGUCGACGAGGACUUUGACGGCAAGCUCAGCUUCCGGGAGUUCCUGCUCAUAUUCCACAAGGCGGCCGCGGGGGAACUGCAGGAGGAAGGUGGGCUGAUGGCCCUGGCCAAGCUGUCCGAGAUCGAUGUGGCCCUGGAGGGCGUCAAGGGUGCCAAGGACUUCUUUGAAGCCAAGGUCCAGGCCCUGGCCUGCGCCAGCAAGUUUGAAGCUGAGCUGAAAGCCGAGCAGGAUGAGCGGAAGCGGGCGGAGGAGAAGAGGCGAGUCCGCCAGGCGGCCUUCCGCGAGCUCAAGGCCACGUUCAGCACAUAGUGGGCUGACCCGGCCUCUGGCCACGGCUGUGCCUCA